AUGAGGUCAGCUUGGCGCAAGGGCAAUGGCCUGAGCUCUGCUGAGCUGGUGUAUGGCACUACUCUUCGCAUCCCUGGCGAGUGCUUGGAUGCCAUCCCCCGCGACGCUGUUGCCGACCUCCCCUUUGUGGAGCAGCUCCGCCUCCAGCUCCGUCACGUUGUGCCCCCGCCCUUUGAUUACCACGGUGAGGCUCCUGUCUGUGUGCCCCGCUCACUUGAGGCUGCAGAGUUUGUCUACGUGCGGCAUGAUGCCAGGCGAGGUCCCCUCCAACCGCUAUACGACGGUCCCUUUGAGGUGCUUGAACGCCAUGCCAAGCAUUUUGUCCUCAAACAGGCUGAGCUCCCCGUCUUGGUAUCCAUUAACCACCUCAAGGCUGGCCAUGGCGCCUCUCCCUCCUCAGUGGCCGCGCCACGUCGUCGGGGGCGUCCCAAGAACGUCCCUUUGGCUCCCUCAGAGCCUCAAAGUGCGGCCCCAGUUCUUGCAGAUCCCCGUGAUCAGAAUCUUGGCGCCUGCACCAACCCCACGCCGGCAGAGUCCCUGACUCCGAACCGACCAUUCACACCCUCCGUCAAGACUCGUUCAGGGCGUGUCUCCAAAAAGCCGAAACGGUAUACUUAA